UUCUGGACAGUGCAGGCUUCCGUAGUCCUCAUACAGGAAUAAUGGCCGGUUGGAUGUGGCUCCGCUGUAUUUUAGGGCCUCAUUUGCAACGAAUUCACCGUUCGCCGGAUCAGUCUCGACCCGAAGGCAGAGCGGGAAGAAGGCAGGGAUGGAGCUACCAGCCCAGGAGUGUGGAGAAGCACACCGACAGCAUCCUCGGUUGGGCUUCAGCACUUUGGUCUCUGUCCUACUACAGCUCCCCUCUUCUGCUCUGCUAUCUGUACAGAAAAGGUUACAUCUGCAGCACGAAGCUGGUCCCUGUGAGUCAGUAUGUGGGAACUGUGCUGGUGUGUCUUCUAGGAGUCGCCUGUCUUCGAGGGUGGGGCAGAUGGAAAAACUCAGAAUACCUUCAGUUUGUCACCAUUCUUGAGGAAACCAAGAAGGAUCACACACCAGUAAACAAAAAAAAAGUAAGGUGCUAUGACUUUGACUUCUCACACUGGCCUUUGGAUUUCAGCUGGACAGAAGUCAGCAAUCCGAAACUUUCCAAGGCUGGUGUUUCUCUGCUGAAGCCGGAGCCCAGAUUAAGAGGAGCAGCAGACAGUGUCCUGAACUCUGUGCGCACUCUGCCGUGCCACAUCAUCAGCUUCCUUAUUGCCCAUUCAUUCGGGAGGAGGAUGUUGUACCCUGGCUCUGUAGGUUUACUGCAGAAAGCCAUGAGGCCCAUGCUCCAGCAAGGCCAGGCUAGGUUAAUAGAAGAGUUUGAAGGCCAAAGGAACAAGCUGGUGGCCUGUGAUGGAAAUGAGAUUGACACAAUGUUUGUGGAUCGAAGGGGAGAUGGGGGACAGACCGGCCAGACUCUGGUCAUCUGCUGUGAGGGAAACGCAGGCUUCUAUGAGGUUGGCUGCAUGAACACUCCACUAGAGGGUGGAUACUCUGUUUUAGGCUGGAACCACCCAGGCUUUGGAGGCAGCACGGGAGUGCCAUUCCCCCAGAAUGAAGCCAACGCCAUGGAUGUUGUGAUUCAGUUUGCAAUGCACAAGCUAGGAUUUCAGCUCAAAGACAUUGUUGUUUAUGCCUGGUCUAUAGGAGGAUUUACAGCCAGCUGGGCGGUGAUGUCAUACCCAGAGAUCCAGGCAGUAGUAUUGGAUGCAUCCUUUGAUGACCUCCUGCCUCUGGCCCUCAAGGUCAUGCCUGACAGCUGGAGACCGUUGGUACAGCACACAGUGAGGCAGUACAUGAACCUCAACAACGCUGAGCAGCUUCUCAAAUAUCAGGGACCAGUCCUGCUGAUCAGGAGAACAAGGGAUGAGAUCAUCACCACAACGGGGCCAGAGGACGUCAUGUCUAACAGAGGCAACGACCUCCUGCUCAAACUGCUACAAUUCAGGUACCCAAAAAUAAUGACAGAUGAAGGGAUUAGAGCUGUCAGACAAUGGCUGGGAUCUUCUAAUCAGUUAGAAGAAGCGUCUGUGUACAGUGGCUACGAGGUGGACGAUGACUGGUGUGUGUCUGUGCUGCAGUCGUAUCAGGCAGAGAGAGAUGUUUUGUUCCCAUGGAGUGUGGGUGAGGAUAUGACUCCAGAGGGAAGGCGGCAACUGGCUCUUUUCUUGGCACGGAAGUACAUGCGAAACUUUGAAACGACACACUGCACUCCUCUCCCCGCCUCCGAGUUUCACCCACCCUGGAGACUGUAAAGAAAUAGAGGGAUGGAUGAGAGGAAAUGAACAGCGGAGAUUCAGAUGGCCUGUGGUCAGAGUGUGUUCCUGGCAUGGUGUGUGAAUGUAUAACUGUGAUUUCGUUCCAGGUUUUUUUCUCCUCCCAAGUAAAAAAAUGUUAAGUUUAGUGUUGCUGUUGGGGCAUCAGGAGAGAUCUCAUCUAUUGACGCCUCCAUCCAGAAACCUGUAAAAUAUGGUACAUCUUUUUUUUCUUUGAGGUUGGUGUUGAGUCAUACUUUUCAGUGUUUGUCUUAAAAAAAAAAGAAAAAAAAGGAUGCAUUGUAUGUGGAUGCACAAACCAGCUCACUCCUUCCAUUGUUCCUUCUUUGGCUGUAUUCGUAAAGAAAAAUAAACAUAGACAAGCAUUGUUAGAAUUUAAUAACAAAAUAAUCCUGACAGAAUCCAGGUUGAAGGAUAGUAAUCUUUAUAAAUGCAGCCAAAGUGUAAAAGCUUUUUAGGUUUAUGUUUCCUGUGAGCACUGUCUCUAUGAACAAAGCUGUGUCUGAAAUGAGGCUCUUACAUGUCCUAUUAUAUAUACUGAAUAAAAUGUUUGACAUAA